AUGAGUACGCCUGGUCGAGUCUGUGCUCGCUGCGCACGCAUUGUUAGUGCUGCAUCUCGAAAUCCGCGCCAUGGACAAAGGCUAAUUUUCAAUAGAAACAACGAUGCGACGGCAGUCAGCCGUGUUCACGGUGUAAACCGGCAUCGCGACGGCCCCGUGCAUCGCGGUCCCGCGGCGGCUGUUUGUCCUGCAAGGCGAGGUAGAUCGAUAUUUGGAGUGGAGCAUAGCAUCUUGUCGGAAGCUAAUUGGGUUCAUAGGAAGAAGAAGUGCGAUGAAAUACAACCGCGAUGCAGUGAUUGUCGACGCCUGAACCUUCCUUGUCAGUGGUCACCCAGUAUCGAGACGACAAAUGACCCGAGCGACUCUUCAUCACCAGAGUCCCAUGCGACCGAGCCACCCUGUACCGACCUGGUCGAACUAUCCGACGGUGAUCGGAUCAUUUCCACCUAUAUUACCCCGGACGAUGACGAAGAGUUUAUCGCCACGCUCUUUCCACACCCUUUCCGCAAGCAAAACGCGGUGGUGCUCCCUAUCGACCGUCCCCUGCUAUCAGCGAAUCCAUAUCUGAACAGUGAAGAGGACCGAUCACUGUUCAACCACUAUAUCCACGUCGUAUCUCGCGCGCUCUCCCGAUCUCAUGAUACCGAUCGGAACCCAUUUCUGGUCACACUGUUACCAUUGGCGGCCGCAUCGGAUGCGGUAACUAGUGUCAUCCUUAGCUUGAGUGGAUGCCACUGGAGGAGAGUUUAUCCCAGCAUCUGGGGAUGCGCUCUAAAGCGACAGGGCAAAGCACUGGCACAGGUAAAUAGACUACUGGGACAACCUGAUCGUCAUUCCAUCUUCGAAGCAUGCGCAACCGUGUUGCUGCUAUGUUUAACAGAGCUCUUUGAUGGGACAUCCCGAGUGUGGAAAUGGCACUUGAAGGCCGCGAGUGCAAUUCUCAAAUCACCAGCCUUUCGAUCACUCGUUUCAACAAAUGAAAUGAAUUUUUGCAUCAGUCUGUUCCAUUACCUUGACUCGAUGUCAACAAUCUCUCGCUGCAAGCCCCCACUUCUCCAUGACAGCGAUAGCAUGAUGGAAUUGACAACCUCCUUCCGUCGAGAUAGUAUCCCGACACAAGAGCGCACCCAAUCUACCGACGCUAUCUACGGAAUCUCCCCGGCCCUCUUCGACAUUCUAGGAAUGGUAAACAUUCUAGCCAAUCACCGUAGCAAGCGCGUCGACGAGCUAUCCGAAAUUGGCUUCCGAGCUGCGGCUACACAAGUGGAAAGUCGGAUCGACGAGUGGCGCGCGGAUCAUGAUCGGAGCGCGGAACAGGAACUUGAUACGGAGCGCGCUACCACUGCAUUUGAGUGGGCGAUUCGCUUGCGAUUGCAUCAAGUUGUCGAGGGCUACGACCCACUUCACGAAUUUGUGGAGCACGCGGUUUCGACGAUACUAGAUGCGGUGCAGCUAGUCCCAUAUGCUAGCAGUGUUGAGGGCUGCCUUCUGUUCCCUCUCGUUAUUUCCGGUUCCAGCAGUAUCAGCAUUGAGAGGCGAAUGAUAGUGAAGGAACGUCUCAUGGUGAUGGAGAAUACCCUUGGUUUCAGCCAUAUCCAACACGCCCGACAGCUUUUAGAAACUGUCUGGAGUGGCACAGCCCAUGCAUCCGACAUGAACUGGGCUGCUGUUAGGUAUAGCCAGUUUCCAGGAGUUGUUUUCAUCUAG